AUGGCCACCAACGAGACCAUGGCGACCUCUUCCCACAAUACCACGGUCCUUGGCUAUGCAUGGGGAAUAACAGAGGGAAGACUUGAAUUCGCAAGAAACCAGCUACCGGGUCACCCUGCAGCCGCAAGCCUGUCCUUCAUAUUUGUUGCUAUACUCAUAGGAGUAAUAUAUAUCGCCAUAGCAUCUUACUCGCAUCUUAGUGCUUUCCCAGGACCUCGUUGGGCGGCAUUCACACGUUUAUGGCUUUGCAAGACCAUUGCAUCCGGCGACUCUGCCAGACGAUUUGUAGAGAUCAACCAGAAAUACGGCUCUCUAGCUCGCGUCGGACCAAACCAUCUAAUUACAGACGAUCCGGAGUUCACCCGCAAGAUUCUUGCAGCUCGAUCACACUAUACCCGUGGCCCAUGGUUUGACUCCAUUAGAAUAGAUCCCCGUACGCCAAAUAUCGUAUCCGAACGGCACCCGGGUAAACACAACCACCUUCGUCAUCAGAUGUCAGGAGGAUAUGCGGGAAAAGAAAUAGAAGGGCUCGAGGACGCCAUUGACGAGCGUAUCACAGAUUUUGUGAACCGGAUAGAGCAGCGUUGGCUGUCGGAGGAUAGUGAGACCAAGGUGUUCGAUAUUGCAAGGCGAAUUCAAUUUCUGGCAGUCGAUACGAUCACACACCUCUGCUUUGGGAAACCAUUGGGUUGUAUCAAGACGGAUACCGACAUGUUCAACUUUCUGUCCACGAUUGAAACCCAGCUACCAAUCGUGCAGCAUUUCUCGGUAAUUCUUGAGUUCAAUACACUUUUGCUGUGGAUGGCAGGUAUACCUCUAAUCAGGAAGCUCAUAUUGCCAUCAGCGAGCGAUAAAACUGGAGUUGGUGUGAUUAUGGGUAUCACCCACAGCGUUGUUGAAGAGAGACUGAAGCCCAACAGCACACCCAAGAAAGACAUGUUAGCAUCGUUCAUGAAGCACGGGCUUUCACCGAGUGAGGUUGAGACCGAGAUAUCCAUUUCUUUAGUUGCCGGCUCCGAUACUACGGCAACCUCGAUAAGGGCGACGUUACUCGCCAUAAUUUCAAACCCCAGAGUAUACUCCAGACUUGUUCAAGAAAUCGACGAAGCCGAAUCCAACGGAAAUAUUUCUUCACCUAUCCGUGAUCAAGAGGCUCGACGCCUACCAUACCUCCAAGCAUGCAUUAAGGAAGGUCUCCGCCGAUUUCCUCCUAUCACUCAACUACGAGAACGCAUGGUCCCUGCUGGAGGUGAUACAUAUAACGGGAAGCAUAUUCCCGAAGGCACAUUUAUUGGCCUGAAUGCAUGGGGUGUUCAGCUCAACCCGGUGUUCGGAGACGAUCCUCAAGUGUUCAGGCCAGAAAGAUGGCUGAUUGAUGACGAAGAACGUCUACAGGCAAUGUCGCGCGUCCAAGAGCUCAUUUUCGGCCAUGGGACAACUCGAUGUCUGGGAAUCCCCAUUGCAACAAUGAACUUGAAUAAAAUCUUCCCAGAGGUAGGUGUGAUCCAUACCCAAUUCGAGAAGUAUGUUCAGAUUGUUGACCCUUCAACGUUACAGUUGCUGCGUCGAUUUGACAUUAGCGUUAUCAAUAACACCAAGCCCUGGACCAGUAUAUGUUAUGGCAUUUUCUUUCAAAAAGAUUUUAACGUGCGCAUCUCGCAACGAAAAGGGGUAUCGAAUAGACAAGGGAGCAAAUAG